AUGGAUAUAAUCUCUCAAGAAAUAUCAAAUACUCCUCCUGUUACGUCUGCAUACAUAUCAACAUGUUUUCUACUAACAGUUGCAGUCCAACUCAACUUAAUUUCUCCUUUUCAAUUAUAUUUCAAUCCGUCUUUAAUAGCGAAUAACUUUCAGUUAUGGAGGCUGGUGACAUCGUUUUGCUUCUUCGGAUCAUUCAAUUUUAGUUUUCUCUUUAAUAUCCUGUUCGCUUAUCGAUACUGCCGUAUGUUGGAAGAAACGUGGUACAGUACGAAAACUGCUGACUUUGUCAUGAUGUUUCUGUUUUGUGGAACUCUCACGAUAAUAAUCGCCUUGUUUGUUAACAUGCUGUUUCUCAGUCAUGUCUUGACAAUGAUGCUUGUUUACGUCUGGAGUAGAAGAAAUCCAUUAGUGAGGCUAAACAUAUUCGGGAUAAUAGAAGUAAAUGCUCCAUACCUUCCCUGGGUGUUUUUUGCAUUUUCUUUCCUUCUUGGGAAUAAUAUGAUGGUUGAUCUUAUUGGUAUUUUUGUUGGUCAUCUUUAUUAUUUCCUCGAAGAUGUAUAUCCUAAUCAAGUGAAUGGAUUUCGAAUACUCCGUACGCCUGAAUUUAUGAAAUAUUUGUUUAAUAGACGACAAAUUAAUCGUGCUUAUGAGCCUCUCCCAGAAGUGGGAAGACCUGGUGGCUUUAAUUGGAAUGGUCAGGAGUAA